AUGGUCCGGGGAGCACUAAUCGGUCUCAUCCACCACACUUCUCUUAAUUUGACAUACGAAAAGUCUCAAGGCUCUUCUGCGUUGACAUUGAUUACUUCCGAUAUUGACAGCAUCGAGUCUGUUGGUGAGACAUUUCACGAGACUUGGGCCCGACUUGUGGAGGUUGUUGCCGGGACAGUACUGUUGGCCUCUCGUAUACAAUGGUUUGCGUUUCUGCCAUUGGCGAUAAUCUUCGCAUGUUCGCGGAUGAGCGCGUAUGUUGCAAAGCACUUGGAGAACCGACAAAAAGCCUGGAACGAGGCAACACAAAGUCGUAUUGCCGCAACCACUUCAACUUUGGAGGGCAUCAAGAGUCUGAAGAUAAUGGGCAUGGAAGGUGCAGUCCAGUCCCAGAUAUUGCAUCUGCGAAGUAAGGAGAUCCAGACAUCAAAGCCUUUCAGGUGGAUACUAGUCGCCUACAAUGCAAGUGCAAAUGCACUUGGGAUCCUCGCUCCAGUGUUAACUUUAAUUCUCUUCGCUAUGUCUUCGAAGAGCGAUCGAUUGCAGGCCGAUCAGAUAUUCACAUCUCUUGCUCUACUAGCUAUGGUCACACAUCCAGCUAACAUGGUCAUGACUCUCAUUCCUCGGGCUAUUUCUGUAAUGUCAAACUUCGACCGCAUCCAGACUUAUAUCAGCCAGCCGAGUAUUCAAGACUCCCGGGAAUACUCUCCACACGAUAGAAUUCAACGACUGGCCACAAUUCAAGACAUAACAAUCCAACCUUCUUCAUUAGCCAAUCCUAUUCUUCUUGAUGUCUCCCAACCUCUCGACCGCGGCGAGAUUUUGAUCUGCGCUGGUGCUGUUGGAAGUGGCAAAACAACAUUAGCGAUGGCAAUUCUAGGAGAAGUCACUUCAACCAAGGGAUCUAUCUCUGUAUCUUCAAGGAAGAUUGCAUAUUGUGCCCAAGGUCCAUGGCUACCUAGCGUCGCUAUUCGCGAAGCUAUAUCCGGGCACUUGGUCGACCCAGAUAUUGAAUGGUACAAUACGGUGAUCGAAGCCUGCGGUCUAGAGUCCGACUUCGAAUCUUUUGUCGGUGGUGACAUGGCACUGAUCGAGAACAAUGGGAUGAACUUGUCCGGAGGGCAAAAACAGCGUAUAGUAUGGGCUUUCCUUUUGGCCCCUCCUCAUUUGCAUACUUCUAUUUUUCUGACAAAAGCAUUCAAGGCUCUUGCCCGAGCGGUCUACUCAAAAUACGAGAUACUAGUCCUAGAUGAUCCGUUGAGUGCUCUCGAUCCCGCUGUCACAGAUCAUAUCGUGCAAAGGUUGUUGGGCCCACGAGAGGACCUGUUCCCAAUUGCGGAUAGAGUGCUGCUUCUGCAAGAUUCAAGACUACACCUUCAAGUCCCGACUCAUUCCCAAGACCCGAAAGCCUCUGCUGGGGUUUCUGAAUUGCCGGAAAAGCCAUUUAGUAGUGCUGCACGCCAUGAGACACCUACGGUUGCCGCGCCAAUUCGGAAGCUACACCUGAACGAUGCUGCGGAUGAGAUCUCUCGGAGAACCGGUGAUCUUGCAAUCUAUGAUUAUUAUAUUAACGCGAUUGGCCGAACGAAUGUUUUUAUUUUGCUUGCUUGUACUGCUGGUUUCGCGUUCGGUUCUACGUUCGCUCAGUAUGUGCUCAAGUGGGCGACAGAAUCACCUCCCGAAAGCUUAGCUUUCUACAUGUCUCUCUAUGCCGCAGUAUCCUCAGUUGCAUGGAUAGCAACUAGUGGGUCGACGUGGUCCGCUCAAAUGAUAAUCGCUGUCAACUCGGGGGCUGUUUUGCACGCGAACCUUCUUGAUCGGAUCCUCAAGGCACCUCUAUCUUACUUCACUGACACCGAUCUCGGUGCUAUCGUGAACAGGUUUGGGCAGGACUUAAAUGUCGUUGAUAAGCACCUCUCUCCAACGCUGGCAAACUUCAACACCCAAAUCUUCAAACUGGCGAUGCAGUUGAUCCUGCUUUUGAAAAUCCGACCUGUUAUGGCUGUUACUGUGCCAGUCUGUGCCAUAUGCGUGUACUUCAUCCAACGAAUUUACCUUCGGACGUCCCGACAACUGCGCUUCCUUGAGCUGGAGUCAAGAUCAUCGGUGUUCACGAAUUUCCUAGACACGGCGAGUGGCAUUGUCACAAUCCGAGCGUUUGGUUGGAAAGACAAGUUCGAGGAUGAAAAUGUCAAAUCAUUAGACCUGUCUCAAAAGCCAUUCUACAUCCUCCUCUGCCUACAGUGUUGGUUGAAGAUGAUCAUGGAUUGUAUCAUUGCAACUUUUGCAGUCAUUCUGAUCGCUUUCACCGUUCUGUAUCGGAAUACGACCACUGGUUCCGAUCUUGGCGUGGCUCUAAAUUUGCUAAUCGUUGCAAACACCACACUCCUACGACUUGUACAGACAUGGACGUCUCUGGAAACAUCUCUGGGGUCCAUUUCUCGACUGAAGAGCAUACAAGACUGCGUCCCUAGUGAGGAUGACGUCGGGGGUACAAUAGACCCUGACUUACAAUGGCCCUCUUCCGGCAAUUUGCAGGUCAAUGGCAUCUCAGUCUCCUAUUCGGAGUCCGCGGCACUUUCCUUGUCCGAUCUCUCUCUUACCAUCAACCCUGGACAGAAGGUCAUUGUUAUAGGCCGAACAGGGAGUGGAAAAAGUACUUUGAUGCUUUCAUUGUUGCAGCUCCUCCGGCCCAGACAGGGAACUAUUUCAAUCGACGACGUCAAUAUUGGCUAUCUGUCCCCGAGAACUGUCCGGAAACGCGGGUUCAUUGCGGUGCCUCAAGAUGGUUUCAGUAUUCCCACGGCCAGUCUGCGGUUCAAUCUAGAUCCCUACCAUACCAGCUCGGACCAAGAUAUAUUAUGGAGUCUCCGGAGGACAGGUCUUUGGGACAAAAUUCAUUCGACGACGGCCAUCCCAACAGUCGAAAAGAUUAACAUGGAUAUUGAUACUCGGAGUUUACUAGAUCUUCCUAUGUCUUCAUUUCUGCCAUUCUCGACUGGACAGUUACAACUGUUUGCCCUAAGCCGGACACUGCUGCGAAUUCGAUCUUCUGAGCCACACAAGCCCGUUAUCAUCCUAGAUGAAGCUAGCUCUUCAUUGGACUCGGAAACCGAGUCUAUUUUGACAGAUAUGCUCCGCCAUGAUCUUCAAGGCCACACUAUUGUUAUGAUUGCACAUCGUGUUGAGGGUAUCACGGGUGCUAUGAGACCUGGUGUGGAUGCAAUUGCCACUAUGCAAGAUGGAAAGUUGCAAACGGUAACUCUCAUGGGAUGA